AUGGCUGCUGCACCUUGCAUUUUCCCACCGUUUGCGGUGGUUGUCCCUGGCUUUCCAGUUGUGACGGAGUUUCAGUGCCUGGACGGCGUGCGUUGGAUUACGCCCGUGGGCAACGCACCGGAGUCCAUUGUCGUCUUUCUCACCUCCCCCGCGCCGCUCCCGCCCGGCACGAGUCUUGGCAUCUACCUCGCCCGAGAGGACGAUGGCGCCUUUUUGUACGUGGGUCACUUGUCAAACAUGCGACCGAGCACCAUCCUGCGUGUGCCAUCUGCCUUGCUGAACGUGGAUGUUCCGGUGCAGUUGGUGCUUGGAGUUAGCCAGGAGAAGGAGGAGGACGUGGCAAACCUGGGCGCAACACUGGAGCAGCCGCUGCAACAGGAGCAGGCGGCGACAAAGCUGGCCAUUGCAGAGCGCAUUGUGGAGGAUGUAUACAACUUUGUCAUGUCCUACGGCCGGGUGUUGUCCGCGGACCCAAGUGACGCGCAGUCGGAGGAAACCGUGUACCUUCCCGCCUCCUUUCUGAGCCGCUGGCGAGAGCGUGUGUUGACGAAGAUACGCAAGGACGCAUCCUUCUGGAGCUGA